AUGAGUGAUACAGCACCAAAACGACGUUUACACUCAAAUGUCAAACGAGAAUGGCGUUCGCGUAGACAAAGAAACAAGAUUCAGAAGAUGGGUGUCCUUGAAGCAACAAAUACCGAUGAAGAAAUAAAUUUAAAUCAGGAUGAAGAAUCAGUGGUCAAUAAUUAUGUGAAUCAACAUUCAUCUUCACGUUAUGUUUCAUCAGAAAGAGAAACAGAAAUAGAAUCUGAUUUCGAAGAUCCUACACAUUGUUUUAAUGGAAAUUAUGAUAGUCAACAUGGUGCUGAUGAAGAUAUAGAUACCGAAUAUUUUACCAAUCAAAUAAAUAAUGAAGAUCGGAACAAGACAACUCCACUAUAUGAUGGAAGUCCAAUAUCUGUUUAUGAUGCUUGUGUGCAUCUAAUUCGAUUAACACAUUUGCUGAAUCUCAACAAAAAUCGAUUACAAAUGCUACUCAAAGAACUGCGUGUUUUUUUUCCUUCCGACUGUCGUCUUCCAAAAACUGUCUUUAUGUUAUUCAAGUUAACAGAUAAUGAUGAUCGUCCACAGGUAUCUGUUCGUUGUGUAAAUUGUGGUGAAGUUUUAAUGAAAUCUGAUCAAUCAAAAUGUUCAAACACAUGUAAUUCUAAUGGAAAAUAUCGAUCCUACUCUCAAGUUGCUGAAUUAGCCAUUAUGAAUGUUCAACGUGAAAUCAAACAAGUAGCUGAACGUCAUAUUAAUCUUAUCAAUGAAUAUCCAAGAAAAGCUGCACAUCUAUGUCCUCCGGAUUAUAUCACCAAUAAAUCAGUAUGGCCUGUUCAAGCAACCAUCGCGGAAAUACCAACUCCAAUACGAGAUUGUAAGUCAGCUGUGAUGCUUUUUGGUGCUUGGCUUGCAAGAACAAAACCACCACGUGAUCAUUUACUUCUUCCGAUUAUUACUCAGUUAGAAUUACUCAUGAGAUCGGAAAUUAUUUUGAAACAAAAUGACGGUAAUGUUUUUCUUAUGUUAACAUUAUGUAAACAUUUUAUAUUAGGUUCUAGUUUGUCGUACAAUGUUCGUAUACAACAAGCAAUUUUUGAUCUUCCAGCUCGAGCACAUUUUCUAAAUAUUGUUCAAUAUAAUGGAUAUGACGGGUGUGGUGAUUGUUGCAUCAAAAAUUUUAUCAAUAUUCUAAUGCAACGACCACAACGAAUUAGAAAACCAAAUUCACGUUAUGAUCCAAAUUUUUAUGUUCUAGCUUCUUUUCCAAAAAAAAAUAAACAUACAAUAAUUCCGAAGCAUCAAGUGACCAUCGAUGUCAUUGAUACACAAAAUGGAACCGUUCGAUCAUCAGGUUUUGUUCAACCAGUUCGUAUUAUUGCUGAAGGAAGUCGUAGUAAAUGUCAAGAAAGAGCGUCUCAAUUUAGUCGUGAUACAGGUAGUGAAGAAGUUGAUGUACGUCCUGAUAAUGAUGACGAAGACGAAUUAGUUGAUAAUAACCACAUUUAUACAACUCAGAAUUUCUACAACAAUGAAAGUAGUCAAUAUUCAUCAAUAACAACGAGUUGGUCAAACGAUUCAUCACCUAAACCAUUACUAAUUGAUGAAUAUCUAAGUGUCCAACAAAAUAAUCAAGAAAAUUCAUGUGUUCACUCGAAUGUUGUUGAUGAAAUGAGCGAUAUUUGUGAAGAAGACAAUGAUGAAGAAUAUAUACCAAUAUUAAAAAAAAAAUCAACUCAAAAGAAACGAAAACGAACGUUACGUUCAAAACAAUCAACAUCAAAUUCAGUUGCCACUGUUGAAAUUACGAAUCUGCAAAAAGAAUUUUUGCUGCAUCAAUUCAAGGUUGAAAAUCGAUUAAAAGCAUUAGAAAAAACCUUUCGCAUAUUGAAAAAUCGAAAAAUUCUUAGGGAAAAUAAGAACUUGUCGAAUAUCGUCAAUUCAGCAUUUUCAUCGCGACCAUCACCACCUACAGAACCAGAAUUUGUAUUAGGAGUUGAUGUUAGUAAUUUUCCGUUUGGGUUCAACGAACAUACACGUUUCAUUAGGCAAAUCUUUCGUGCUGCUGGUUAUGCGUCUAAUCCAAAUGCCGUAUUAUGUGAUGAAGAGAAGGUAACAGAACUGAAAGAUGUGAUGAAAAAACGUGACAAAACGUUACAAGAUGAUGAAGAAGCAUUAGCUGAAGCAUGGCAAGUAGUCAAAGAAUCAGUUCGUCAGCUCAAACAUGAUCACAAAAGAAACGAAAUUUUUAAAACAAUUAGAACUUCAACUACCAAUACUAACACCAGCAAUACGUCUCCAUUCAAAGAUACUGAAAAUAAUUCAAUUAAUAUCGCUCCAAACUAA